UUGGUCAGGCCUCACUUCCUUCUUGUUUAGCUCAUUGUCGGUCAGUGAGCUCUCUCCCACAGCUGGCUCAGCUCACUCUGUCUGGGACUAAUUCUGAGAGUCACUGUGGUCCAGGUGGGACGUCACUUUUUUUAAAAAAACGAGAUCAUAAACAGCCAAAAUGUCUGAGGGAAAGAAAAUGACAUCCAGCCGCAGGCAUCAUUUAAAGAGCUUGGUGCUGCAGAUUGCUGCUAAGUGGCUUGAACAAGAGAAGAUAGAUGUUGCAGCAGCAAAAGAGGCUUAUCUUGCUGAGCACUGUCCAGAACCUGACCUCAGCGGAGACCUGAUGGAAGUUUGCAAAAAGCUCAACCAGGCCAUCGAAAAAGUCGAUGAGGAGAGAUACGACAUCGAGGCCAAAGUUCUAAAGGUCAACAAAGAGAUCGAGGAUCUGAAGCUGAAGGUGGUGGACCUGGCUGGAGUGAAGAAGCCCGCUCUGAAGAAGGUUCGUAUGUCUGCUGACGCCAUGCUGAAGGCUCUGCUGGGCUCCAAACACACGGUCAACAUGGACCUGAGGGCCAACCUGAAGCAGGUCAAGAAGGAGGUCAAAGAGGAGCCGACCGAGGCCAUCGGGGACUGGCGUAAAAACAUUGAGGACAAGGCAGACAGGAAGAAGAUGUUCGAAGCUGCAUAAAACCCUUGUGGACCAGAGAGGAUGAUGAUGAUGGAGAGAUGUUUACAUCUAAAGGUUCUGUCAGUCUAUAAUGUUUUAGACAACCUAUUGAAAUAUUUGUCCAAUGCUGAAGAUGUCUAAGUUAAGGAUUGAACAAAAAAUUCUACUGGAAGCCUCUUUUGCAUGUAUAGAUAUUUUAAUGCUAACUAUUAGAGUUAAUAUAUAAUCUAUGAGUCAUAAAAAAGUAGGUUGUCUAAAACAUGGUGUGACAGGACCUUAAAGUCCCAGAGACAUUUUAUCUGUGAGGUUCCUGCUGGAAUCUAUGGACCAGAGUGACAAAGACUCAACCCAACCACAGAAACCUCACUGGACCCAGCUAAAGCUUCUGACAGAGAAGCUUCGCCUCCAAAUGUACCAGUUUUCAUUGAUUCAGUUAGAAAUAAAGAUUGUGAAAUAUUCCACCGAUCAAAGAGACAACUGAGUAACUCCUGAAAAACACAGAGAAAAAAAUUUGUGCCUUAGAGUAUUUGUGGUCAAGCAUUACACACAAUGAAGGCAACAGAACAGAUCAAAUGCAUUACUGUAAACUCAAAACUACCAAACAAGCAGUCUCACUCAUAUGUUCCUAUUAAACAAACGUAUUUCAUCA